CAGCUACAUCUGAACGAGCCACCACACAUGCACGAGUUAGACAGAGGUACUGUGUCAUUGAUGCCGGUACCACUGAUCAUAACCAAAUAAUUCGAUAAAUCUUUAUAUUUUCUCGUCUAUCAAGUGAUAUAUAAGUUUUAAUAUUCGUUAUAACAAUGGGUAAAGGUCGCAGUUACAGACCUAAGAAGAACUUCGCGGAGAAGCGCCGUGAAAAGCAGGAGAAGAAAAAUCAAGACGCCGACGCCGAGCCACGAAAACCGUAUGCUGAGAUCGUACGCCAAAACAAUGAUUUCGAGGCCUACUACAAAUCCCAGGGAAUUGUACCAGAGGCAGAAUGGGACACCUUCAUCAAGACCAUGCAGGAGAAUUUACCAACGGCUUUUCGCAUAACCGGCUCCAAGGCAGAAACCAGGGCACUCUUGAACAUCAUCAAAGGUGAAUAUUUCAAAGAAAUUCUGAAUGUCAAAUUCGAGGACGAUGAGAAUGCCCAAGAAGUCAAGCCUCAUUCAUUGCCUUUUUAUCCUGACAAUUUGGGAUGGCAGUUGCAAUUGACUCGUAAGGACAUCAGAAGAUCAGAGGCUUUCUCAAGAUUACACAAUUUCCUUAUUUCUGAAACAACUAGCGGCUACAUCAGCAGGCAAGAAGUUGUCAGCAUGAUACCUCCAUUGGUUCUAGACGUAAAACCAUGGCACAAGGUUCUGGAUAUGUGCGCAGCUCCGGGCUCCAAAACUGCUCAAUUGAUAGAAAUGAUUCAUGCAGAUGAUAAUAUACCUCUUCCAGAAGGAUUUGUAAUUGCCAAUGAUUUAGAUAACAAUAGGUGUUACAUGCUCGUUCAUCAAGCAAAGCGGUUAAACAGUGCUAAUAUUUUAAUUACUAAUCAUGAUUCGUCUAUGAUGCCAAACUUGACUUUUACGCAACCAGAUGGAAGUGAAGGUAUUCUCAAAUUCGAUAGAAUUUUGGCUGACGUUCCGUGCAGUGGUGAUGGUACAAUGAGAAAAAAUCCUGAUAUUUGGUGUAAAUGGAGUUCAGCAAAUGGUAAUAAUCUUCAUGGUAUACAAUACAGGAUAGCCAAAAGAGGAGUUGAAAUGCUGGCAGUUGGUGGUAGGAUGGUAUAUUCUACUUGUUCAUUGAAUCCUAUUGAAAAUGAGGCAGUUUUGCAUAGAUUACUUAGUGAAACUGGAGAUUCUUUGCGUUUGGUAGAGUGUAAAGACAUGGUUCCAGGGUUGGUUUAUAAUGAAGGUGUGUCACAUUGGAAGCCUUCAUCUAAAGAUUUAAAAUACUUUGACUCAUUUGAAGAUGUACCUGCCAAUCUUCACACCCAAAUUCGACCAAAAAUGUUCCCACCAAAACCAGAAGAUGCAGCAAAGUUCAAUUUAAAUCAUUGCAUGAGGAUAUUGCCGCAUCACCAGAAUACAGGAGGCUUCUUUGUAGCAGUACUGGAAAAAGUGAAGCUUUUACCAUGGGAAAGUGAUUCAACUACUAGCAAAGUGAACGAAAAUCAAUCUGAGGUAAAUAAAAGAAAAGCAGAUGAUGAGAAAACUCCAACAGGACCCCAAAGAAAGCGACGAAGGAUACAAGGUUACAAGGAAGAUCCAUUUGUAUUUUUUGAGGGUGAAAAUGAAAGUGUAUGGCCAUCUAUAAAAGAGUUUUAUGAAAUCUCUGAUAAAUUAGAUGCCCGUUGUUUAUUAGUAAGAUGCAAAGAAGGUAAAAAGAAAAAUAUCUACUUUACCUCCCCUGCCAUUAGAGAUAUUGUUAUACAUAAUGAGUCUAAAGUGAAAUUAAUCAAUACUGGAGUAAAAACUUUCGUACGGUGCGAUAAUAGAAAUAUGGAUUGUGCUUUUAGACUAGCACAAGAAGGAUUAGGCAGUAUUGCUCAUUUUCUUGGUGACAAACGUAAAAUCCAAAUAGAAAAAGAAGACUUGCUGAAACUUUUGCAAAAUCACAACCCUACAACACCACCAGAAAUUACUUCCCUUAAUCAACCACUUCAAGAUCAGUUGAAAGAUUUUUCUAUGGGUAGUUGUGUACUGUAUUACGAAGAAAAAAAUUCAGAAGAAACAGAUUGCUUGAAACUGCAAUUAGUUGGUUGGAGAGGAAAGAUGUCACUACGAGCAUAUAUUUCUGUUCAUGAUACUAUUCACUAUUUGAGAAUUUUAGGUGGAGAUUGUUCGAAGUUUGAAAAAAAUAAAUUUCAAGAAAAUCGAGAUGCUUUGAAAAAUGAAAAACUGAGCGAAAGUAUUGAUGAAAAUAUGGAUGAAAAUAUUGACGAAAAUAUUGACGAAAAUAUUGCUGAAAGUCAAGCUAUUAAAGAUGAAAAUAAUGUAGCUAUAAUCAAUGAGAAUGAAGAAGCAUAAAAGAUUUAAAAAAUGACGAAUUGUUGAAUUUUUCAAAAAUUUUCAAGACUGAUGAAAAAUUCAUAUAAUAAA